AUGAAGGUGCAGAAAAUACUCAUCUUUCUGUUUCAUUUGCAUGCUGUAGUUUCAGGUCCUAGAGAGGUAACCGGGCGAUUUUCCGAAGAUUUUAUCCUUCCUUGCUCUUUUACACCUGCGAAAGGUGAAGUAAUUUACUGGAAGAAAGGGAACAAAAAUGUGCACAGCUACUACUACGAGAAGGAUCAGCUAGAACGUCAAGACUCUGAGUACAAGGGGAGAACGUCCCUUUUUCAUGAAGAAAUUCCCAAUGGAAGUGCCUCUUUGAAACUGAGUAACCUGAGCCUGAGUGAUGAGGGCUCCUACAGCUGCUAUGUGGGGACAAAUCAAGAUAAAACAGAACAGGAAGUCAAGCUUCACGUAACAGUUUCCCCCUCUUAUGCAAUGGAAUAUGAAAAACGAGACACAGAGAGACUGUUGAAAUGUCUUGCCUUUCGUAUUUAUCCUGAGCCAAACAUAACAUGGGCAUAUGACAGUACAUCUAUGCAAAACACAAAAAUGGAAGUAACCCAGGAUGGCCCUCUCUAUUCUGUUAGAAGUGAGCAGAACAUUACAGACAAAGUUUCUUCUUAUCAGUGUCACAUUCAAUUUCACAACCAAACUUGGACUGCUGAAUGGAAAAUGGAAGAUCCGUUUUUUAAAAAGGAAGGAGAUACCGUUUCAAUUCCAUGUGAAUUUAUGGCUGAAGGGUCUCCAUAUACUAAAGACUUCAUAGUUACUUGGACAAUAAUCAGAAAUGCAUCUACCUUGGUUCUGGCAUCCUCCGACAACCCAUCACAAACCCCUGAACAGUUUAAAACUCGAUUCUCUUGGGAGAAAAUCAAUGAACAGGACUACUCAGUAAUCUUAAGGGAUCUUACUCUGGCAGACAGUGGAGAAUACAUGUGCAAUAUUUCAACACCUCACUAUACACAACUCACUGUAAGAAUUUUGCACGCUGGGAAAAAAUCCUCACAUUACCAUUGGAUAGCUAUAGUGCUGCUGAUCCCCAUCAUUGCCUUUGUUGUAUGGUGUGCUGUGAAGGUAUGUAUUGCUUUAAUAGCUGUUUUUGUAAAAUCCCUUAGAACAAGAUGUAUGUAA